AUGCGCGGCUUACUCUGCUCGGUACUCUUUCACGCGCUGGUAUCGGCCUUGCCACAAGUCGCAUUUCCCUUCAACUCGCAAGUACCGACCCUCGCACGAGCGAACGAAGCCUACGUCUUUCAGCUGGCCCCUACGACAUUCGUCCCUGGCGAUGGCAGUGCGUUAGUUUAUAGCCUGGCGGGUGCACCUGCUUGGUUGAAUCUGGAGAGCACGACACGGACUCUAUAUGGCACACCUGGUCAGGGCAAUACCGGUCCGAAUACUUUCAGAAUCGUGGCAACCGGCCAUGACGGCUCGGUUGCUAUGAGUUGUACUCUGGUGGUAGCAAGCAAUAGCGCCCCGGCUCUGACAGGCAAUAUUUCAGCUGAUCUUGCAAGAUCAGGGCCCUUGUCAGGACCAACAACCUUGAUCUUGCAACCAUCCACCGCCUUUGCGAUCACGUUCUCGAAUCAUCUGUUUGGCGAUCCGGGCACUAUUCAGUCUUACUAUGCUACAAUGCCCGAUCGAACACCACUUCCAUCCUGGCUGAAAUUCGACAGCAGCUCUCUGACAUUCUGGGGCAUGACUCCUGUAUUAGUGACCGGGUCUCAAACAUACGGUGUCGACUUCAUUGCGUCGGAUGUGGCUGGCUUUGCAGGAGCGACAACAACAUUCAGCUUGCUCAUUAGCAGCAAUCAGCUAGCGUUCAGCCCUCAAGCAGAGAACACUACGGUUGCGCCAGGAGCAAAAGUUAUGCUGGGGCCUUUUAUAGACCAGCUACGCAUCAAUGGCAAACAAGUCACAAGUAGUCAACUGCAGAAGGUCGUUGCAGAGGCCCCAGAUUGGCUCACUUUCCACAACAGCUCCCUUGAGUUGACAGGAAUACCCCCGCAAGGCUUCGAAUCANAAAGCAUAUCCAUCACUGUCACAGAUACGUUUGGAGAUACGGCAAUCAAAAACAUCUUGCUUCGGACAGCAAAUGCAUCGCUUUUCGACGAUGAAGUUGGAAAUCUGACUGCAACAGCCGGAAGAGCAUUCAGCUACAUCUUCGCUCCGUCAUUGUUAAUUCAGAGCAAUAUGAAUCUUAGCGUUGAUGUCGGUUCAGCCUCGUCCUGGUUGCAAUAUGAUGCCAGCAAACGCCAGCUUCAGGGCACUCCGCCUACCACAGCCAAGGCUUCAUCGAACAAAAUUACCUUGACUGCUUCUUCAGAUUCAAAGUCGGAAACUCAAACAUUCUACAUCAACUUGAAAGCAGUCACCACGGUAGCAACCUCUCGUACGAGUUCGAGCACUACACCGAGCCCGACCUCGACUACAUUGCCCUCCACCACAGCUCCACCUGCGAACUCGAAGGAUAAGAGCAUGACAGCUGGUAUCAUAGUGGGCAUUGUCAUUGGCUGUCUGGCAGUUCUAGCUCUGUUCUUUGCUGUCGCGAUGUUAUGUUGCCGCCGGCGAAGAAAACAACCUCGCAAGAAGAUAGAGAAAAGUGCGGUCAGGCCCGUGGUGCCCUACGGCGAUCAAGAGCCUAUGGUCGCAGAAAGAAAUCAGGACGAAGAAAAAUAUGUUGGAUCGCCCGUCAAGCACUCACCAGAUGAGCCUCCUCAAUUGGAGGUCGAUUUGUCAACGGCAAUGCAACCACCCAUCAAACCACGACAAUUCCUUGGAAGAGAUGCUCGCCAAAGCAAGCUGUCUGUAGUUAGUUCGCUUGGAGAUGGGGAAGCAGCGAUACAGGCAGAUUCAAAUAUUCCAGUCUGGGGCAGGGCAUCAGGUACAACGCAUACGCCACACCAUAGCUAUUCUGCAGCUACAGAAUUAGCAAGGCGAAAUAGUCGAGAUUCUCGCCAAAGAUUAUCAGAAUUCGGAAGGCUUUCUCCCAGCAAGCGUGCGUCGAGAUUGAUCAAGAGCUGGCAUCCGGAUCUGGGCAUCACAACGAGGGGCACUGUGAUACAUCGCCCAAACAGAAAGAGCCGGCUGAGUAGCACCUUCUCUAUCACCAGAGACCGAAGUAGCCGAGGUUCCCUCAAUACACAUGGGACAAGCAUACUCUCGACCAAGCCAUCAGACUAUCCUGAGUCGAACUCCAACAGGAACUCAGCAUUGAUCGCAACCACAGACAAGCGACGAUCUCUGACAGAAGCAGAAAAACGUCGUAGCAUUCGUCUAGUCAGCCAGACUGAAAGCGUUGUAGACCGUAGGCCUCUAGCUGAGAAACGACAAUCAUUCAUCCGCAGUCGUGCGAGCAGCGGUGUCAUGAGUCCAGUGCUAUUCGCUUCAUCGAGGCGUUCCUCAAACAUGGGACUCUACAGCAAUCUCGGCUCCAUCAAGGGUAGCCCAAGCGUACGCCGACAAACCACUUCCUCAUCACUCCUCGAGCCUCCAGCUCGCAACCCUCGCCGCUUAGUCUCAGGCCCACAUGUCUUCCCACCCGGUCUCCCACGAGCCAUAACACCAUCUCCCGUUCGUGGCACCAACAACAGCCUAACCUUGCCUCCAGCAAACACAGCAGACAACUGGACAACCACCGACACCAGCAGCACACUCUCGCGCGACAACUUAGACGCAAGAGCAGCAACCCAAUACGCCGAAUACGCCGUCGAGAUGGAAUUGCCACGCCAUCAACACACGUGGGUACGGCCAGGAGAAGCCUCGCCCACGCCUCCACCAAGCAUUGUGCUCCGCACCACCAGCAACAGCCGCGAAGCUGCACGGCGCAGAUGGGCCGAAAGACUCAACCGCAAUAGCUCUGGAAACUUGGCUUCGAGAUCUCCAUCGCCAGUGCGAGUCACACUUACUGGUGUCAGUGCAUCAGGCAUCAAAGGCCGUAAGCAGAGACUAAAGACCUCGUCUUCUUCGGAUGAUGACAAAGAAAACAAAAGCGAAGACCGGCUGAGCAAAUUAGUCAGCAAUGACAGUUUCAGUGGUGCGAGACACAUGCGCGGACGAAAGAGUUUGGUACAAGUGGAAGCAGGGAAUAGGAUUAGUAGCUCCAUGGCUACACUUGAAGAACCUGAUGCUGUGAAAAAUCAGCAUGUCGAUGAUGAUGCGUGGGAAGAUGUGGCUGCUGAGGAUAUGACACGAGAUCGAGGUGUGCCUAAGGGUGUGUUGGCGGCUUCGACGUCUAAUGCCAGUAGUGUGAGGUUCCUCUGA